AACAGAAGAGUCAAUUAAAAAAGAAUGUUAUUAUUUGAGGCAAGAAAAUAUGUUGCUGAUGACGACUUUCGUAUAUACCCCAUUCAAAUCCCAAGCAAGCUUCUCUGUUUUCUCUCAUCUCUAGAAUGAAUACUAAUACCAUGGCUGAAGUCUCUCCCUCCAUAAAACCAGAGGCGGCCUGCUGCUCAACUGUUGAAGAAUUGAUUAACAAUGGCGAUGAGCUCCCGCAGAGGUAUAUCUGGACCGAUAGUGGUAAGUAUGGGCCGAUUGAUCUUACUGUUCCUUUGGCUACCGACAUUCCUGUCAUUGACCUCUCCCGCUUGUCCAAUGCGGCGGAGCUGCUCCGCCUCCGCUCCGCUCUCACUUCAUGGGGCUGUUUCCAGGCAGUAAACCAUGGCAUCGAUGAUUUGUUCCUGGAUGAAGUGCGCCAACUUGCCAGAGAUUUCUUUGAGCUGCCCAUGACCGAGAAGCACAAAUAUGCAAGGCGCGGCGAUGGCUAUGAAGGAUAUGGCAACGAUUUAGUUCUCUUCGACAACCAACCUCUUGAUUGGAGUGAUAGGUUGUAUCUGCAAGUAGCUCCUGAUCACCACCAAAAGCUCCAAUACUGGCCUCAAAAUCCAGAAUCAUUUAGAAAAGUGUUGCAUGAUUACACUGCUAAGCUCAAACAGAUUGGAGAACAGCUGCUCAAGUCGAUGGAAAAGUUGUUAAGUUUGCCAGAGGGUAGUUUUCUGAAUAAAUUUGGAGAACAACAGAUGAUGUAUGCAAGAUUCAACUACUAUCCCCCUUGUUCAAAACCCGAUCAAGUUCUUGGCCUCAAACCACACGCAGAUGGAUCCGCGAUGACCAUUCUCCUGCAGGACAGAGAUGUACGAGGCCUUCAGCUUCUGAAAGACAACCAGUGGUUUUGGGUUCCCUCAAUGCCUCAUUCAUUGCUUGUUAACAUAGGUGAUCAGCUCGAGAUAAUGAGCAACGGGAUAUACAGAAGCCCUGUGCACAGAGCAGUUACGAACUCGGAGAGGGAGAGGAAUAGUUUGGCUAUGUUCUUCUCUCCUGAUCCUGAGAAAGAGAUCGAGCCGGUGGAAGAAGUUGUAGAUGAGGAGAGGCCAAGAAUGUUUAAGAAAGUAAGAAACUAUCCAGAGAUUUAUUUCCAGUACUAUCAGCAAGGGAAAAGGCCUAUUGAUGCAGUUCGAAUCUAGUGUUUUUCGGUCUUUUAAAUGUCACGUUACAUUACUUAAUACAAUAAAAAUAAAAGAUAAUUGAGUUGCAACCAUACGUAGUAAUUGAUUACAACAAAUUAAUAUUAUUUGUACCUCAGAAUUGGUCCAUAGUGGUUAUGGUGUUUGGUUAAUGCAAUAAUAUAUAUCAAGUAUAUGUAGAUUGAUAUGUAAUCAUACUUUGCAUAGGAGACGCGAAAGUGUCCACUAUUGGUAUGCAGCGUGAUAUGCUGCUUUACUUUAUCGGAACUCGAAAGCUUGGAUUUUUGGCUGUUUUUACCUAAUAUCUUAUCUCAAAGCCACAUUUUCUUCAAAA